AUAAACAAACUAAAUUCGGGGCGAGUUGGUAAGGAACUGGGCUCCACUUUUGGUCCAAGCCGCGGAAUCAAUUGCUCAGCUCUCUCCCUGGGCUUUUCGUUUUCCCCUCCAAAAGUUUCCCUCCUUUUUAAAUCGAUUGAAUUUCUCCGUUGAAGUUGAUCGCAAUUGAUUUUAUUUGGUUUCCUUCAAAAAUCUCACAAUCUUUCUCUCUGGUAUUCGUGUGGAAUUUGGGAUUCUAAGGAUUAGGAUUCGAAGAUGGAGGAGUACUUGCAGUACAUGAAGACUCUACGCUCUCAAAUGAACGAUGUGGAAGAUCAGGCAGCCAAGGUAUCAGUGGAAGAGCACACACAGAUCGCCACUAUUCAAACCAUGGAGACUGAUCUCAACUCUGCAAAAUCGGAGACAAGGAAACUUAAAGAAGAUACUGAGAAGAUGAGACAGGCAAAAGGACGAAUUUGCUUGCAGAUAAUGGAAAAACAGAGGAAGAUAGCUUCUCUGGAGUUUGAUUUAUCUACCCUUUACCAGACUGUGGAGCUUAUUCAACAGGAAAGAGUCAGUUUAUCUGCCAAGCUCAUAGACAAGAGUGCAUACUAUAUCAAGGUUGCAGAUGAUAUUAAUUCUAAACUACUGCAACAACAGGACUGGGUCAAUUGUCACAUAAUUAGCACUGAAAUGGGAGAAGAUGCAUUGGUCAAGGAUAAUUUUGAUGAGGAAGCAGCUAAAAUUGGAGGGAAGUCUGCCAUUGGUGACUGCCUUAAGAUGGACAAUCUGGGGAAUAAUGCAAGGAAGAAGAACCUAAUGGCCAAGGUGGACUUUGCCAAGGCUAAGCUUGAUGAAGUUGCAGAGAGGAAAUUUGAAGUUGCCAAAGAGAAUAGCAAGGUGAAGCAUUCUAUGGAGCAAUUGAGGUGCAGGGCAAAAGAGUUCAAGCCAGAGCUACUGGCGAUGGACGUUAAGACCCUUGAGGAGGAAUAUAAAGCUCUUUUAUCGGAUAAAGCUGGAGAACUUGAGUAUUUGCAAUCUUUGCAAGGCCAGGUUGAGAAACUCAAGGGUUUUUCUCAUGUGAUUAAAUGUGGAUGUGGAGUGGAAUACAAGGCAGCAAUGGAUUUUUGUGCAUGACAUCAGUGAUGUGAACCUUGGAAGUUGGAUUAUAGGCUGAGAAUAUCAGUUGUAGACUAGAAUCAUGGCUGUCUGUGCAGGUAAUUUUGCAACAUGACAAGAAUAUUAUUUCUUAAAAGUAAUAGUUCAGUUUGGAUAUGUGCCAAUUUGACUAUAAUUAGUGGUAAUAGUGAGAGGGGAAAAUCUAAGUAUCUUUGUCAUAGCAACUUUAUACAUAGCUUGUUAAUAGAAGAAUACUACGUUAUAAUUGCCUUAUUUUUUUGCUA